AUGAGAUAUUGGAAAGUCUUUAAAAAUAUUUUUGUAAUGGGUUUUAUAGUAAGUGUUAUGUGGCUUAUGUUUUCAUGGAGCAGUAUGGAGUUUAUCAGAUAUGCAUCAAUGGAUCCUAGAAGUAUUCCAAUAACUGUUAAAAAUAAAUUAUGUCAUGUGAAUAACAUUGAUGAAAGAGUGUUUGUAAAUAAUAGUUCAGAUUUAAAGAUGAUAUACUAUGUAACACCAACUUACCCGAGACCAGAACAAGUGCCAGAGUUGACAAGACUUGCUCAUACCUUGAUGCAUGUACCAAAAAUUCAUUGGAUAGUAGCAGAUGACCAAUCAUUAUGUUCAAAAGAUGUUGCUGAUAUUCUUAGACGUACUGGCCUGCCAUACACACACAUAUCUAGUCCAAAGCCAUACAUAUAUAAAGGAACAAACUUCCCUCGUGGAGUUGCAAAUCGUCGAGCAGCACUCUCCUGGCUUCAAGAAAAUGCUGAUGAUGGAGUUCUUUACUUUGGAGAUGAUGAUAAUACUAUUGAUUUGCAAUUAUUUGGUGAAAUCAGACUUACUAAAAAAGUGUCAAUGUUUCCUGUAGGCCUUAUAGGAGAUUAUGGUGUUUCUUCACCCGUUGUCAAGGAUGGAAAGGUGGUGGGGUUUUUUGAUUCAUGGCCUGGUUCAAGAAUGUUUGCAGUAGAUAUGGCUGGGUUUGCUGUGAACAUUGAGUUUCUAAAGCCCUCUGCUAACAUGCCAUACAUUGCCGGCCAUGAAGAGGACAGAUUUUUGGUUAGUUUAGGAUUAAAAUUGGAAGACAUUGAACCUCUUGCUGCUAAUUGCUCGAAAGUACUUGUCUGGCAUACAAAGACAGUUAAAUAUAAAAAGCCAACAUUACGUGUUGAUAUUAAGAAGUUAGAGGAUGUUACUGCUUAUAAAUAUUUUGUUAAUCUUCUUAAAGAAACUAGUAGGCUAGGUAUGGCAAGCAUAAGUAAUAUCAAUGGCACUAAGCCUUACAUAACAAGAAAUAGGAAGUCCUAUGAGACUGUAGCUGAUUUACACUAA